AUGACGGAGGAGAACACAAGCUUCUGUAGCAAGCAUUUUCGAGACCCCUGCAGAUCUUUUGGCCGGAGAUGCAGUGGCUUAGUGAAGGAGCAAAGGGCAAGGUUCUACAUUCUCCGGCGAUGUGUUUCCAUGUUAGUUUGCUGGCAUGAUUAUGGGAGCACUACAUGGUAUAAUCUCAACAGCAACGCUAAAAAGGAAUUGACUGGAAAUUCAGGGAAUGUGGGACCAGUUUUAGUGCUUGACACUUGCAGUGAGAGAGAGACGUCUGGACGUGAUGUCGCAUCAAAUAUCAAAGCUACUCGAGCAUCAUAUAUUUUCUGCCCGGUUUUAUGUUUGUCAUUUUCAAAACUAGCCUUCACGAAUUGA